AUGGCUGACAGUGUCAAAACCUUUCUCCAGGACCUUGGCCGGGGAAUCAAAGACUCCAUCUGGGGGAUUUGUACCAUCUCAAAGCUCGAUGCUCGAAUUCAGCAAAAGAGAGAGGAGCAGCGUCGAAGAAGAGCAAGUAGUGUCCUGGCGCAAAGAAGAGCCCAGAGCAUAGAGAGGAAGCAAGAGAGUGAGCCACGUAUCGUUAGUAGAAUUUUCCAGUGCUGCGCUUGGAAUGGCGGAGUAUUCUGGUUCAGUCUCCUCUUGUUUUAUCGAGUGUUUAUUCCUGUACUUCAGUCAGUAACUGCCCAGAUUAUUGGUGAUCCAUCUCUACACGGAGAUGUUUGGUCGUGGCUGGAAUUCUUCCUCACGUCAAUUUUCAGCGCUCUCUGGGUGCUCCCCCUGUUUGUGCUUAGCAAAGUGGUGAACGCCAUUUGGUUCCAAGAUAUAGCCGACCUGGCAUUCGAGGUAUCCGGGAGGAAGCCUCACCCAUUCCCUAGUGUUAGCAAGAUCAUUGCUGACAUGCUCUUCAACCUCCUGCUCCAGGCUCUUUUCCUCAUCCAGGGGAUGUUCGUGAGUCUCUUUCCCAUCCACCUUGUUGGUCAGCUGGUUAGUCUCCUGCAUAUGUCCCUUCUCUACUCACUAUACUGCUUUGAAUACCGUUGGUUCAAUAAAGGUAUUGAAAUGCACCAGCGGUUGUCAAACAUAGAGAGGAAUUGGCCUUACUAUUUUGGAUUUGGUUUACCUCUGGCUUUCCUCACUGCAAUGCAGUCCUCGUACAUUAUCAGUGGCUGCCUCUUCUCAAUUCUCUUUCCUUUAUUCAUUAUUAGCGCCAAUGAAGCAAAGACCCCUGGCAAAGCUUACCUUUUCCAGUUGCGCCUCUUCUCCUUGGUGGUUUUCUUAAGCAACAGACUCUUCCACAAGACGGUCUACCUGCAGUCCGCCCUGAGUAGCUCGGCCUCUGCAGAGAAGUUCCCUUCCCCGCAUUCGUCUCCUGCCAAACUGAAGGCUGCUGCAGGCCACUGA